AUGAAUGCAAGCUGGAGACUCAUUGAGUUCUCAUUGUAUGCAAGUUCCAGUGCAUAUAUCCUGCAACGCAUAUACCCUCUUGCACUGUAUCCGCAUUUGCCAACACAGAUGGCUCUUGCUAACGGCCAUGACUUGGUCAGAGAGCACUACCCUGAGGCACGUAGAGGCCAGGUAAUCGACAUCGGCGACAGCCAGCUCACCGAAUCACUUAGAGGUAAUCGAAGGAAGAAACUCGUUGGGACCGAAAGCCAAAGCAGCCAUUCCCUCAGCGACUCUUUCUUCUCCAACAACAAAGGCCUAGCCAUCUGGAAGAUAACUAAUGAGCUGCCCAACUACUACCAAACGGAUCACGAGGUCGAGCUUUUAGACAUCCGGAAAGUCGCUGCUCCGCUGCUCGACCGUCUCGAAGCAGCCGGCAAGAAAGUCCAGUACGACGCACUCGAUCUGUCCCGCUCAGCCAUCGAGCAAAACCUCGCAGCCUACAGCUCUACAUACCAGCACGUUACUUCCCUCGGGCUCUGGUGCACUUUCGAGGACGGCCUCGGAGUGGUCGCGGUCUCUGAAUCGUCCUCGUGUCUUCAUCGCUCUCGAAUCUAUCUUCGGGAACGAUCAUUUCGAGCGCGCCGUGAAGUAUCUGUCGAGUUGGGCGCACGAAUUACGUCCUCCUGA